AGAGAGAGAGAGAGAGAGGGUAAGGGCCACAGGUCGGUGGCCCCAAUCCAUCGCCGCGUAACGACACAGUAGCCUGCGUGAGAGUAGCAUGAACACAGACCUCCCUCCUUCAUUUAGUAUUUCAUUUUUCCUCCUUUGUAUUUUAUUGUGGUGAGAGAGAGAGAGAGAGAGAGAGAGAGAGAGAGAGAGAGAGCAAUUUCAGGCCAAAGCUUGUAGCUGCAAGGAAAAUUGUUCCAUGAAAAGGGAAUUGGAACAUAUCACGAUACUAACUCGAGAAGAAGAAGAAUCGCUUCAAUUUCAAUAACAACAGAGAAGAAGAGAGGAGAAGAAGGUCUUUGAAUUUGGUCUUCUUCUUUCUUUCUUUUCGUUUCUUAUUCUAGUUUUGAGUAAAACUGUAUCUUAGCUUUUCAGGUUUUUCUUUUUUCCUUUUUGGGUUUUCUUUCUUUGUAAUAGAGUUUCGUGGAGGUAGAUCAAUACUCAUAUAGUAGAAUUUCAAUUCUCUUCUUUCUUUUAUUUCUUCUCCUCUUUGGGCUUGGGGGGGUGGGUCAGAGCUAUAGAAGAGCUUGAGAUUUCAUGUUGGGUUCUGAGAUUUGGGGUGAUUUAGAUUAGUCAGCGAGAAGAAGGAGAAAGACAAGGAGAUAGUAGGAAUUUUUCAGGAUGGCAGCAGCUUCUUCAUCGACGCCGUUCUUCAGCAUCAGAGAAGAAGAUCAGAACAAGAUAAACCAGCAGCAGCAAUCCUCCUCCACACCCACUUCAUCAACAGUUCCGCCUCCUCAAAAGAAGAAGAGGAAUCUCCCAGGAACACCAAAUCCAGAUGCAGAGGUGAUUGCGCUGUCCCCCAAGACCCUGAUGGCCACCAAUAGGUUCAUAUGUGAGGUUUGCAACAAGGGGUUCCAAAGGGAGCAAAACCUACAGCUGCAUAGGAGAGGCCACAACCUUCCAUGGAAGCUUAGGCAGAAGACUACAAAGGAGGUGAAGAGGAAGGUGUAUCUAUGCCCAGAGCCCACAUGUGUGCACCAUGACCCAUCUAGGGCACUUGGGGACCUCACAGGCAUCAAGAAACACUUCUGUAGAAAGCAUGGUGAGAAGAAAUGGAAGUGUGAUAAGUGCUCUAAAAGAUAUGCUGUGCAGUCUGAUUGGAAGGCCCAUUCGAAGACUUGUGGCACAAGAGAGUACAGAUGUGAUUGUGGCACCCUUUUCUCAAGGAGGGAUAGCUUCAUCACCCACAGGGCCUUCUGUGAUGCACUGGCUCAAGAGAGUGCAAGGCUGCCCACUGGGCUCAACACCAUGGGAAGCCAUUUGUAUGGGAGUAGCAACAUGGGUUUAGGCCUAUCUCAAGUGGGUUCUCAAAUUUCCUCAUUACAGGACCAAAACCACCCAUCUGCUGAUCUCUUGAGGCUCAGGGGACCCGGUGGAGCACAAUUCGAUCACCUAAUCUCUCCUUCAAAUCCAUCAUCGUUCCGUCCGACACAACCAGGCCCAUCUUCCACCUUCUUCCUCCCCGCCUCAAACCAAGACUUCCAUGAUGAAUCCCAAUCCCACCAUGGCUUGUUGCAAAGCAAAUCCUUCCAUGGAUUGAUGCAGCUUCCUGAUCUCCAAAGCAACACCAACUCUUCUUCUGCUGCUGCUGCAGCCGCAGCGAAUCUAUUCAACCUUAGCUUCUUCUCCAACAGUAGUAGCACUACCAGCAUCAACAACAGCAACAAUGUGAACAACCACAGCAGCAGCAGCCAUCUAUCUUCUUCUGGAUUAUUGAUUCCUGAUCAGUUUAGCAAUGGAAAUGGUGGCGGGGAGGCAACUACACUCUUUUCAAGUAACCUUAUGGGCGACCACAUGGGAUCCGGUGUCUCUUCUCUCUAUAAUUCUUCAAUGCAAAAUGAUGCCGUUAUCCCUCAAAUGUCCGCAACUGCCUUGCUGCAAAAAGCUGCUCAAAUGGGUGCAACCACAAGCGGCAAUGGUGCCUCUUUGUUGAGAGGCUUUGGAAGCAGCUCCUCAAGUGGUGCUAAACCGGAUAGGCCACAAAUGUCUACUACUUUUAGGGGUAGUUUUGGUGGUGGUGGUGGAGAGAACAUGAGAUCACAACUGGAAAAUGAAAGCCACUUCCAAGAUCUCAUGAAUUCUCUGACAAAUGGAAGCUCUUCUAUGUUUGGAGGUGGAUCCGGAGGAGUUGCUACAUUUACUGGUGGACAUGAACAGGAGACUGGAUUUGGUGGUUUCAAUGCUAGUAGAGUCUCCAUGGAACAACACCAUCACAACACAAACUUGUGUAACAUCGACGAAGCAAAGCUACAUCAGAACCUUGCUAUGAGUAUUGGGGGAUCAGAUAGACUCACAAGAGACUUCCUUGGCGUCGCAGGGAUGGUCAGGAGCAUGAGUGGCACAAUUUCACAAAGAGACCAGCAUCAUGGAAUCGACAUUGGCUCUUUGGACUCGGAAAUGAAGUCUGCGACAACAAAUCGGACCUUUGGAGGUGGGAACUUGCAAUGAGAAUGAUAAGAGGGAGAGAGAGCGAGAGAUAGAAGGACAUCUAGGUAUGUAACUCAACUUGGUAUAUUUGUUGAGGAUAAUGUGGUGUUAUUGUUUAAUAAGUACCAUAUUAGGAUUUUAUACACGUAUAUGUGCCUUGAGGGUUUUAUCUCCUUCAUGGUUUUUCUUAA